AUGCGCAACGAGCCGGAUGAGGUAGUGCCCAUGAAGGAGAAGUUAGCUCCGAUUCUCAAGCUUGAAGCCGCCCAUCCAGCCCGUGAAGCUCUGAACCUCGCCGUGGUUGGACUCGCCAAGCCAAGCGGCCGGCCAUCGCCUGACCCAGACACCCCGUCUCAAUGA